CACAGUUUCUUUAUCAGAAUUUCACGGCAUAACCAUGUUAUUCGAUCCGCGAACUUUACGAUAGCAUUUAUUCUGUAAUGACUUUUAAAAAAGGAAUAAAUAACAUGAUUAGUUAACAUGUUCUAAAAAUAUAAAAGUAUUAGUAACUAGUUAGUCCGUGUGCCGACUUAUCUAUAAUUAUAUAUCUUUAUACAUAUAACCAUGAUAACAAUAUGGAAUGUUUAAGUCUGCGGAUCGAAUAACAUGAUUAUGCCAAUUUCACUUUUUAAUAAGUCCAAAUUAAAUACUUAUAUUUGAUUUAAUACUAUGAAGAAAAAUAGCUGUUUUAUUAAAUCAAGGUAUUAAUAUUAAUAGCUAGAUUGGUAUAUUUAGCUACACAUUAGAUUUAAAUGGAGUAAUGGCUACAGAUGGGCCUGUUGAAUUUACAUCUGUCAGGUCACAGCAUGUAAUUAUUUACACCAGAUCUGUGUGAAAACACCCAUUUCAUCCCUUGUAUAAGUUCAACCUCUCAACUGCUGUACAGUAUUUAUUUUGGUCAAAAUUUUCAUGAAAAGUGAAUGUAACGAACAGUGGUCAAUCUCAUAAACCCCCUAAAUACAAAAUUAAGAGUAGGGCAAACAUGAAUGAAAGGAUAACUGUUUUAAGUUAUAUUUUCAUUUGCAGUAUACAAAAAUGAAGAAAACAUGUGGGCGAGAGAAAUCAAACAGUAGCCUAAGAAAUCAGACACUUGCCUCAGAAAUCAGACACUUGCCUCAGAAAUCAGACACUAGCCACAGAAAUCAGACACUAGCCUCAGAAAUCAGAAACUAACCAAAGAAAUCAGACACUAGCCUCAGAAAUCAGACACUAGCCUCAGAAAUCAGACACUAGCCUCAGAAAUCAGAAACUAACCAAAGAAAUCAGACACCAGCCUCAGAAAUCAGACACUAGCCUCAGAAAUCAGACAUUAGCUUCAGAAAUCAGACACUAGCCUCAGAAAUCAGACAGUAGCCUCAGAAAUCAGACACUAGUCCAAAGAAAUCAGACAGUAGCCUCAGAAAUCAGACAAUAACCCGACAAAUCAGAUAAUAGUUUAAGAAUGCAUUCCAGGGAAUCUAACAGUCACCUGACAAACCUGAUAAAAUUUGCUAUGAACAGUUUGGUAAAUAUUUCUCAACUUUUUCCAAAAUUGUCAUGAAACUUUCAACAAAAUCACAAAAAAUAUCGGUAAGUUUUCAAAACUUUAGCAAAGUUUGUGUUCAUGGAGUGUGAGGUCACAAUUUAUAGCUACUUUCGAAAUUCAUCUCAAUAAUAUUGAGGUCAUAAUAUUAUGAUAAAUAAAAUUGUCCUGAUGAGAUUAUUUCCAUUGCAUUGAGACAGAACUUGUACAUUACCCACUGUAGGUACUAAUGUUUAUAGUUUGUGUACUGUGAUUCAGGUGUAUGAGUUACCUGUUAAUCACUACUAUCCAAUAAUGACUGACAUGGUAGCAAUGUACUUUGUUUACAAAUUUGAAGCAGGAAGUUGACAGUGAUAUCAUAUAAUUACAGCAUGAUGUUUGCCACAGUUGACUUGUCCUUGGAUAUAUAUCUAGUUGCAAUGUUUUGUGACAGUGUCAGCUAUAAGGAAGGCUCAGCUGGUGGUAAACAAUAUUCAUACAGUAAUGAAUAUUCAUGUGUAGAUUUGCCAACAUCUUGGUUACCUCUUGCUGUGUCACAGAGGGACACAUGACAAAACAUGAUCUGUAGGACAAAGUAAUAGAAACACAAUUCAAGUGUGGAAUCAAAUAAAUAAAAAAAAGUAUUCAGUCUUCUUUCAUCAAUGGGAAACAGUUUUAUGGAACUACAGCAUGGUACUAUAGAGAGAUUGAGUUGUGUCAAGUUGUGAAGAGAAUUUUAAAAGUGACUGAGGAUGUCGGUCAACAGUGGUGAGAGCAAGAAAAAUGUGAAGAAGACCCCCAAUGACUUCAUAUUUGGAAAGGUCAUUGGAGAGGGGUCAUAUUCAACUGUGUAUUUGGCCAAGGAGGUUGACAGCAGUACAGAGUAUGCCAUUAAGGUGUUGGAGAAGCGACACAUCAUGAGAGAACGGAAGACGCAGUACGUGAUGAGGGAGAAGGAGGUCUUGAUGAAGCUGAACCACCCUUUCUUUAUCCGAUUGUUCUUCACGUUCCAGGACACCGACAGGCUCUAUUUUGUGUUGAGUUAUGCCAGGAGAGGAGAACUCCUGGAUUACAUACACAAGUUGUCUUCCUUUGAUGAACCGUGUAGUAGGUGGUACACAGCAGAAAUCAUUGCAGCGUUAGACUACCUCCAUACCAAAGGAAUCAUUCAUAGAGAUUUAAAACCAGAAAACAUUCUCCUGAAUGAUGAAAUGCAUAUACAGAUCACAGAUUUUGGCAGUGCUAAAAUCCUGAAAGACACCAAAGAAGAAGAGGAAGCACCAGUGAGUGGCAGAACGAAUUCUUUUGUUGGUACAGCACAGUACGUGUCACCAGAAAUCCUGACCAGCAAAAAGGCUUACUACAGUUCUGACCUUUGGGCAUUAGGUUGUAUUGUAUACCAGUUAAUGUCCGGGCUGCCUCCAUUUAGAGGAGGACAUGAAUACCAGAUAUUCCAAAAAAUAACAAAGCUUGAAUAUGAGUUUCCAGACGGAUUUAAUGUUGUUGCACAAGACCUAGUGGAAAAACUGUUAGUACUCAACCCUGAACAACGGUUAGGUUGUGAGGAAAUGGGGGGCUUUGAGAAGUUAAAAUUACAUCCGUUUUAUGAAGGAAUUGACUUUGAUCACAUUCACGAGCAGAAGCCCCCACCUCUGGUUCCAUUCCUUCCUGCCACAUCUACAAACCCCGAGAACAUCUGGAGCAGCUACAGGGCUGGGUUUGAUGAUGCAAGAAUGGUGGAAAUAAUCACUCAGACGGUAAUCACUGAUGAUGAGAGAAAGAAACGACUAGAGGAACAACAACAGAACAGUAAAUACCACAAGUUUGUGGAAGGCAACCUGAUCCUGAAGCAGGGACUGGUCGAUAAACGAAAGGGAUUGUUUGCCCGGAAGAGAAUGCUUCUGUUGACUGAGGGACCACAUUUAUACUAUGUAGACCCAGCUAACCAGGUUCUCAAGGGACAAAUUCCAUGGUCAGAAGAGUUGAGGCCUGAGGCAAAGAAUUUUAAAACCUUUUUUGUUCAUACGCCAAAUCGCACCUAUUACCUGGAGGACCGCGAGUCAAGAUCCCAAGACUGGGUCGCCAAAAUCUCUGAGGCUUGGCAGCAAUACUAUGGCAACAAAAACAAAAAGUGAUGAACAGCUACAGCAAUAAGGGGGCGUGGCUAAUUGAUGUAUUGAAUUUGUUUCCACGAGCAUGUUGUAUCAAGAGACGCGUAUGUCCCAAUAAUUGACCACUGCCAUUCGUUGUCCAGCAGACUGACCAGAUGGAAACACAGGGAACACCUGACACAAACAGUUACUUUGUAGUGACCCUCUGUAGAUCCCAAUAUCAAUAGCAAUCCACCUGUACAGAGAGAGAGAGGUCAAAUGUUCAACUCAUUCCAUGUUAUUAAAACUUGCUGUUAAGGAGUGCGAGUUGUGGGGAUAGAUUGUGUUAUUUCUAUAUGUAUAAAUUAGUACCUGUGAAUGAUCUGAAAAGAUUAUGUUGCAUUGUGUGAUUUGUUUAGAAUGCAGAUAGAUUUGUGAUUCAAGAAAACCAUGAAGUUCUUCUAUGAAGUCUUCAAUGUUGCGAUGCACACAGUUUAUAAAAACUACAAUAUUUUGUAACUGACAUCACCAUUCUAUUAAUAUGUCUGUAAACCGUUGGGAAAAACGUCAAUGUCUUGAUCCACCAGUCCACGUUUAAAGUGGAAAGUCAUUUAUCAGAAAGGUCAAGGAUAAGUACAUAUUGUAAACAAGAAUAUAAACAGUACUGUUAUAUGGUGCAAAGGGUGUUUUAACAAAGUGCACACUGUAUUUAAAUGACACUAGAGAAGUGGAGAUGUAUAUUUUUUUUAAUUUUGUGCUUUAUAUUAGAUUUUAUGUCCUAUUGAUUGUUUUUUCUGCUGUACGUGAAAGGCAGUUACAUGUAUGUGCGUAUAAGGUAUAACGCCGUGGGGAUGUGAUGUGCUUGUCCAGAAUGUCCAUUGUCAUACCGAGUCUCUGGAAUUUUGUGUUCUCUGUGCACUGAAUGAAAUUUUCAUUACAGAAUAUUAGAAAAGAAAAAAGUUCAAAUCUUAUCAAUAGAAUGUGCCUUCAUCUUGUGGGCAAUCUAAAAUAUUUAACCUGAGGUUAAAACCAUUAAAUAGGCAAUAGUAACUAUUCAUACUGGACACUCAAAGUGCAAUCACAUUCAAGAAUCACAGAACUUCCAGAAUGAGGAAAGUGAUACUGUGAUUGAAUUUAUCAUUCAGUGGGUUUACUUCAAUAUCCAUACUUACCUUCAUCAACUAUUUGCAAUGUGCCCGACAGGAGUUUUACUUUUUUAAAAACCCACAAUUUACCACAACCUGCUCCACUCACAAUACACAAGAAUGAAAAAAAAAUCUGAAUUAUUGUGCAUGGCUACAUGGGACUUUGUACCCAUAGAUUUGUUUCUGAAAAUGUGCAACACCCCCACCUGCUACAGUAGUUAGAAUCGAAUGAGUGCAGAUUUUCUGGUGGUUUUAUGUAAUACUAUUUAACAAUUGAUGUUGUAAGGAAAUGUACAUCAGCAUACUUUUAGCUUUGUCUCAACCUUUCGUCGAUCACUGUAAAUAAAAAUAACGAUUUUAUUGAAAUAAGCAAUAACAGAGAGCUUAAGCAGGGAUUUAGCAAUUUCAUCAUGAAGGCAUUAAUGAAUUCUAUGGAUAUCAUCACAUGUAAUAUUUUGGAUUGUAGAUGAAAUGUGUAACAGUGAAUUUCAUUAUCUGUUGCCAAAGAAUCAUCAAGAUUUACGCAGAGAUAGGCAUCAACCACUGCAUUUGUAUCUCCACAUGAGCUGUUUAGAAGAAGGCUUUAUUUUAAGGAAGAAAUGUCGUGGUUGUGCGAAUUAGGGGGUAUGAAAACAAUGGAAAAAUAGGGUAAUUUGAGAUUUGAGAUCCCCCCCCCCCCCCUCCUCCUCAGUGUAAACAAACUAGACAUUUAUUACGUCAAGUUGAAAGGUCAAUGUUUUUACAUGUAUCAAGAAAUGAAAUGUAAUGAAACAGUAUUAAAAGGUUAUUUUUUUAAUGGCAAAGCACUGGUUAUUGUAAAUAUGAAUACUAGUAGCACCAGGGUAUAUAAGGGGAGGUUUUUAAAAAAGCAUGAUAUUAAUAUCAAUACUUGUACUCGUACUGAAAUUUAUUGAUAUUUGUUGAAUUGCAUGCAUAUUAUUUCAUUGUACAAACUCUGGACAUAUCACCAGCACUGUGUGUGCGGAAAUCUACAAGCUGUUUAUUAUGUUCAUUCAUGAUUAGAUUCAGAAUGCUUAGAAACGCAGUACAAAGUAACUGAUGCAUGGAGGAGAGUACGUAAAAAUACAUUCUUGUUUGUUUAGUAUACAUUUCUACUACACCUAAAAUUAUGUACUAACUUCUGAAAUAGACAUGUCUGGUUGUAUUAUAAAUUGUAUAUAUGUGCAUGUUUAAGGGAUUUGGUGAUAGUCGUUGUGUGUGGUUAUGAUGAGUUUGUACAAAUUAUAUGUCAAUUUUAUGAAAGGGAGCUUCCUAGAAAUUAUCAACGUUUCUGCAUUAUUUAUUGAACUUGACAAAGAAUAUGGAUUUUAUCUACUUGUUUUAAAGUAAUAUGUAAACUGUGAUAUAUGACAAAUACAAAUAUACUGAUCUUAUUUCCACACAAAUAAAUUGUUAUCAAAUA